AUGCCAGCUGUAGAAACGUCUGGUUCCAAGAGAACCUUUGAGGCUUCCGGGGAUGCUGUAGCCAAGAAGAGAAAGCCUGCACCAGCAAGCUCCACCAACCCUCUUAAGGAGGGAAUCUCCCAAUGUUUCCAAACAUUCAGUACAUCACUCUAUGUUUCGUUGGCUCCAUGUCACGUUGGAAACCCUAUUAAUGGUAUCAAGGCUCAGCACUUGGACCCAUUGGUAAUGACAUAUUUUGCUCAAGCCCGUGGAGUUGUAUUGGCAUACUCAAAUGUUCAACUCUCUGAAGACAACAAGACUACUGACACAAAUGGUCGUCCUGUAACCAUCGCUCGUAUUGCAGACCUGUCUCCAUUUGUUUUCAUGUGGAUCACCGUGGACUUCUUAGUAUGGAGACCUCAAGUUGGUGACGUUCUCGAAGGUUACUCAUACAUGCAAACUGCUUCUCAUAUUGGGUUACUUGUCCAUGAUACUUUCAAUGCCUCCAUCAAGAAAUACAACAUUCCUGCUGAUUGGCUGUUUGUACCCAACCAAGAAGAUGACGUAGAAGUUAAUAGUGGUGAAGAAGGCACUAAAUUCAGAUCUUUCGGACAUUGGCAAGAUGAAGACGGGAACAAGGUUGAAGGUAAAUUGAAGUUUACCAUUAAAUCGAUCCAUUCUGCUGGUAAGGUUGUUUCUGUAGAAGGUACUUUGGUCCAACCAGGUUCUGAAAGAGAUGCACAACCUAUAGUUAGAAGGACGUCUGUUGCUGGGGCCUCUGGUGCCGGUAAGCACAAGAAAUUCGAUGAUGAUGUAGUGGUGGAAAUCCCAGAACCAAAGGAAGACGCAGUAGCCAUCCCAGGUUACGAAGAAGAUGAAGACGAAGAUAAUGCUGUUGUGAAUGAUCUGGACUCAGAUGAAGAUUAG